GCUGACAGUAACAACAAUUGUCUAUUUGCAAAUGUCAACAGCGAUAACGUAGUCGCCAUUUAAGUUCUUAUUUUGAUGAUAUAAAAAUAUACAUUUCUACCCUUUGAUUAUCAUUAAAAGGAGCAUUAUGAGUACGGAUCCUAGAAGAUCUGAUAAAAUUCAAAGGUAUGCUCCUAAGAACACUGCUAAUGGUGAAGAUCUAACUCCAGACUACAUGAAUAUUAUGGGUCAGUCGCCGACCACGGCAAAUGCAGCUGGCGAACCAGUAGAGAAACUACCAGAUUCAGCUGUCAUCGCAAAUCUUCCGGCUCGUUCUGAAGGUGUUCAAGCAGUAAAUAAUGAACAUACUGCCACAAGCAAUGCCGCCAAUGUGAUACCCACCAGCCCUCAAUAUGGCGUAGCGAUUAUUCCGAAUAAUGCUACAGUCUCCUCCAGUGAUACAAAUACAGAAACAACGAACGUUUCUAAAGACACUGUUAGUGAAGCACCCUCCAAAACGUGUGAGGAGGUCAAAGAGGUUACCGCGACUCCAAGCAGGAACGAUCGGUUUAAAGUGGUUAAAAUUGCCAGUUUAGAACCGUUUAAACGCGGCAGGUGGAAGUGUAUGGAUUAUGUAGAUGAAGCCCCGCCCCCAAAUAUUGUAAACGUGAACGCGAACAAAGGGUCGGCGCAGUCGAUGACCAACCCGCCGGUACCAAGCGGUGUCUUCAUGCAAAGCCAGAGCUUACCACAGCAACAAAUUCAACAAAUGCUUAUUCAAGGUGGCUACACUAAUGGCACCCAGUUUUACUCCAAUGUACCCACUCAAAUGAUACCUCAAGGUCAAUAUUUUUAUCCUCAAGUCCCCAACAUGCAAAAUCAGUCAGUGCCUCAACAGGUAGCGACCAGCAUGCCUACCCAGUUUAUCAACAAUCAGCCUUAUUUUCCCCCUGGGGUUAUGACCACAAACCCUGCCGGUUAUACUAUGCCACAAAGCUAUCCUAAUAUACAGUACGUCCCAGUACCGACACAGAAUAGUGCAUUUGUUCCUACAAACCAACAACAAAUUCAUCUUCCAGCCAAUUUUCAGAGUCAGUCUUACAGUAGUCAGCCUUCAGUAUCAGUAUCUCAGCCUAACGUCAAUCAAAAUAUGGUCAAUGGACAUGCUUAUCCUUCUCAGCAACAACACCAUGAACCAUCUCAACAGAUGCCUCAGGGCGGAAACUUACCUAAUCAGCCAAUGAAGAAUAUGAUAGUUAAUACAGCUUCUAUUAGUAAUCAGCAGCAGUAUCAGCAGCAACACCAACAGCAACUACAGCAGCAACACCAACAGCAACUUCAGCAGCAACACCAACAGCAGCUUCAGCAGCAACAACCACCACCACCUCAACAGAACCAUGUAGUUCAAAAUCAUCAGCAGGUACCUCAAGCAAAUACUGGAGUGGUACAGCCGCAACAAUACCAACAAGUACAUACUCAAAAUGUAGGAGUGACUUAUCAGCAACAGAUACCAAAUACCAUUCCAUCAGUUACGACGACUCAGGUUCCAGUGAUACAAGGUAAUCCGUCACAACCACAGCCAGUAAAUCAGCAAGUUGACAACCACGUUAACACCAAUCCUCAGUAUGCGUCAAACGCCAACAGCGCGACUAAAGUAGUGGCACGGACAGAGAGCAUACAAGAAGUGAAAGAGGCAGCUGGCCCUGCCGUAACUCCUGCUAAUGUAGCUCCUCCAACCACCACAAGUACAGUUAGCUCAACGGAAAUUGUUAAUGAUAAUUCGGAUGAUCCUACUAAAAGUAAUCCGGUAGUCAACGCCAUCGAUAACAAGAUUGAACAGGCUAUGGAUUUAGUCAAGAGCCAUCUCAUGUACACAGUGCGAGAAGAAGUGGAGGUUUUGAAAGAGAAAAUAGCCGAACUGAUGGAAAAAAUCCAACAAUUAGAGACUGAAAACAAUUAUCUCCGUUCUCAGAUACCAAAAGGGCCAACCGUUAACCUACAGACCGCGCCACAACAGCAACCGUCCAACGUGGCCGUGGUGAACCCCAGCCCUAACGUUAUGCCACAGAAUGCCCCCAUAAACCCUACAAUUGUUAAUCCACAGGUUGUGGUUGUGCCUCAGCAGCAACACCAACCCCAACAGAUUCAACGUCAACCCCAGCAGAUUCAACCUCAACAGCAUCAACAUCAUCCCCAGACUCAAAUGGCGGUUAACGCCGUCGCUAGUCAGGUCAUUCCGCCAAACAAGGACGCUACAUCGGCCAUACAAUAAUGGAGCAGCUACAGCCAGCCAUCCGCUGGUUGUUCGACUUCUUAAUAUAUAGAGCUUUUACUUUGUCGUGUAUUUGAUAUUUUAUUCGAGUUUUGACAAAAUACGUGCGAGCAAAAUAUGCGUCAAUACGUAAAGUGAUUUUUGAAAGUUGUAUGGAUAUUCAGUAUAUAUUCAAUUUUUUAUCCGAUUUUAUAUAAAAUUCAAUACUGUAUCGAUAAUCGACAUACAGAGUGUGCUGCAUUUAGUUUUUCAGUAGUUUCAUUGUAAACUAUAUCUAUUAUUUUAAACUUUGAAACUUUUCACGUUUGAUAAAAGGCACUCCUUUUUAAUUUUUUUUUAAAAUUUUAUUUUCUUUUUUUUUAAUCUGCUAUAGCCUUGAAAGUAUUUAAAACAAAAUUGCUAUAGGAUGUCUAGUUAAAAUCGACAUCCUGUUAACAAGAGAGUAAUAAUAAUAAGUUUUUAAAUAAACUCUUCUAUAUUUCCUCGAAUUUCAUCUGACAUUGUCCCUGAAUUUAUUAAUUACUGUCUCUGUUAUUUAUUAAUAUAAAUAAAAUUAAUAUAUUGAUGGAAAAUAAAAUAUUUUUCAAAUGUCCAUACCACUUUAAGAAAACAUGUAUAAUGUAAUUUUUAAAAAACGACACCGACGUCAUGAAUUUUUACUACUAUAGAAAACGAAUUGUUUAUUUUUCGUCAACAUAAAUUUAUAUUUUUUAGAGAUGUUUUUUAUGUUAGCCAACAGUAUGAAUAUAUUAUUAACUACCUAAAUUUGCAAACAGUUGGAAAAAAUAACAGUGGCGUCCGUCUCGCCUUGGAAAAAUUACAUAUAUUUGCUAUAUAUGCUAUUUUAGGUUAUGUGACGGUACGUUAUAUUGUUUAAUAGGCAAGUUUUGUAUUUAUGAGAAAUAUAGUUUUUUUGAGAAGCAGAGUUUCUAUAUCUUAAAACUUGCACAGUAUUAAUUUAUAAUAAUGUAGAACACUUAAAAUAGAGUGCCAAAAAGGAAAACAAGUUCGUUUUUAUUGGAGUGACACAAAUAGAUAUUUGAAAUUUAUUCAAACAGAAAAAUAUGUCCUUUAAACAUGUUGUGUAUGCUUUAUGUUUUGGUCACAUCUUAUGCUUUUUUCGCUAAUAGACUACCUCUAUACCCUAUCUUACUACUAAUAUAUUUUUAUCUUCAUACAUAGGCAAUAAACAGAAAAGAAAUGCAAUAAGCAUUAACAAUACUUAUAAGAACUGCAAUAAAAAAUACAUAUUGUGGAAUAUGUUGAAGAAAAAAAUGAAAUAAGCAGAUAGGAUUAUAUAAUUAUAUUUUUAAACAAUUUCAGUAUUUUUCCACCAUCAUUCAGAUGUCAUCUGAUUUAGGCCCGUAUUUAUAGUCGCGUCUCGAACUGAGUCUCCGAAAAGACCGACAAAAAUAACAGGCUUACUAGGCCCGUGUAUACGGCCACGAAACGUGAGCCUGUUAUUUUUGUGAGCCUUUUGUAUCUCGAGACUGAAGUCGCGUUUUAAGACUCGUCUAUAAAUACGGGCCUUAAUGGAUUGCUCUUCAAAGUAGGCUUGGGAGUCACAUUUCAAUUUGAAGUUUGCUAUGCCUAUCUAUGACAGCAUAUUAAGCUCUGCUCCUCAAAAAAAUAUUACUAUACAAGUUUAUAUAAGGCUUUGUUUUAAUUUUAUAAAUAAUAUUAUAUAGAAUAUAUUUUUUUUAGAUAAAUAGCUAACCUCUUUAGAAUAUUAAUAGUGUAGGCAAUAUGUUAGCUCUCUUUUUCUCAACGAAGAAAUAUAAAAUCAUGUUACUAGUAAAAAACAUACGGUCGAAAUCAAAAACGGCUUUUGUUUCGAUUAUGAGGGGUAUACUGUAUGAACAAAAAUUCAUUUAAUAAUCAUGAGGGUUUUAACAUGUUUUGACAGUAUAGUGAACUCUCUUCUGUCAGUAUCAAAGCCUACUUGAUUAUAAACUGUCAUAAUAUGUCGGGUAUCAGUAUGUCUUUUCAAUUACAUUAUCAUAAUAUAUUUAUAAAUAUAUUUUUUUCAAUUGUACAUUAUUGUAAAGUAUGUAAAAUAUUGAAAUGAUGUGUAGCCAAAUUUUUAUUUGGUGCUAAAUGAAACUGUGAUUUAUAAUACUUUUAAAUUAUCUUUACGUUGGUUCUAUUAAUUACGGAAAAUGGCAAUUGAAUAUCACUAUUUUUAUAUUAACUCGUCUGUCCUACACGUUCCUUGGAUUGGAUCCUCUUUUUCAUUCACUUAGACUUUUCAAACAUUUUUCCGUAAGAAAUAACUUGGACUGGAUAGAAAAAUAAUCUUUUACGGAAGUUAUUUUAAUCUUAGAAGCUUAUAAUAAUAUUAUAUGUUUUUUUUAUAUAAAUAAUAAAUAGAAAGAAAAUUUGUUGACGUGCGCAAAUUAACUAAAAAUCGUUAAAUUCAAAAAAAUAUUUAGGGAAUCACCAGGCCUGUUAGAAUUCAAUCAUAUAAGCAUGAGGAACAGUUGUAUUUGUACAACUUAAUAGGAGAUAUCUAUAUAUAUGUGUAUUGUAUAAUCAUAAAAAUAUAUAUCUAUACUUAACUAA